UGUUCGACCGUGUUUGUCAGUUCGUUAGGUGCAUUUGUGUUCGUGAUCCUAUCCAAUAAAACUUAGGAACAUAUUAGCAACUUUGUACUUCAGUUAUUUCCACUACAGUGUUGAGAAAAGUUGUUAAUGCUCUAGUAUUCAAACAAUAAUUGACCCUUCUAAAGUUUGACAUCUCUUUCCAUAGCUCAUUCAUCUUUCUUAGUCGUGUUAAAUCAAGUUACCGGUGGAAUUAUUAACGAUAAGCUGGAACAGAUUUAGAGGAAAGAUGUUUUGCAACGUUUGUGGUUUAGUUGACGAUUACUACGACGAAGAUGCUCUUGUAGAUCACAACAACUCACCGAAACAUGUUUGUAACAAGAUCCUAGAAGCAUAUAGAGAGAAAAAGAGAAACUUUGCCAAAAAUCGUCAUGGAGUUAUCAUACUUGGUAGAGGUGAAAGUAUGGCCAUACCUGGUGCUGAAAAGACUAUUGUUGAAAAUACUGACAACCAAAAAAUUAGAAUCACCGCUAAACCAUCUCAGCCUGUCCAAUUUUCAUUUAGCAUUAGUAAUGAUAUGAGAAAUGAAGACUUGUUGAUAGUUGGGAUUGAUUUAGCUCAUCCUCAACCCCAGUUUGUUAUCUGCGAUCAUCCAUAUGUAUUUGGGGGAGAAGCGACAAUCUUGGAAAAAAAGACAACAAUAAAGGACAAAGUGUUUGUGACAUUUUCUGCUUCCGAGAUUGGGACAUUCGAGAUGCCUAUUAUGUUCACAUUUUAUAGAAAAAGUGAUGAACAAAACAUAAUAAUUAUUCGAGAAAUGGUUGUCUCAGUGCUAGAGGAGCAGAGUUUCCAUCCAUUCACUCGGAGUCCAUACAUCAAUGGUGACUGGGAGGCUGCAGCUAAGAUCAUACCUCGUACAGGCCUUUCACCAUAUCCAGUCAAAUUCAAAAUACCCCCUUUAUUGAAGAUUCUUUUACCUCAUGGAUUAGAGGAGAAAGCGUUGGAGAAUAUCAAAGCGCCCAAAGAGACGAUGGAGGAACUAAGAAUAGUGUUAAUUGCUACAAGGAUUAUAUUUGACGAAGGACUAACGAAAAGUAACUACAUGUCAUUUUUUCAUCACCUAUUGUGGUGGGAAGAAGUUAAAGCUCGGAUUAAUUUAAGGAAAUAUAAUAUGUUUGGUGUAACAAUGGAAAAAAGGAAUGGUGCUUAUGUGUUGGAAGUCCCCGGGUUAGCUGAGAAACGACCCUCUUUGUUGAGAGGUGAUAGAGUAUACAUCAAGCCGCAAAGUUCACCAAAGCUGAAUUUCGAAUGUACCAUCAAGGAUAUUGAAUUAAGCAACAUUGUAUUGACAGAUGUUGAUGAAACUUUUGAUCCGUUUUACAAGAGCGACGCGCUGUUCGACGUGCGUUUCCUGAUGUCGCGUGUGCCCGCCGAGCGCAUGCACGCGGCCGUCAACAACGUGCACGUGUCCAAACAGCUGUGCAGAGUGUUCCCGGAGAGCCCCAAGCGACUUGUGCCUCCUAUACUUAUUAAAAAGUUCUAUAAUAAAUUGAUAGAAAACAAUAAAGAACAAAGAUCAGCCGUGGAACAUAUAAUAGCGGGUACAUCGGGCAGGGCUCCGUAUAUUGUGUUCGGACCUCCUGGUACUGGAAAAACUAUGACAAUAGUUGAAGCUAUCGUACAGCUUGUAGUUCGUAAUUCAAGGAACAGGAUAAUGGUGUGCACGGAUUCCAACAUGGCCGCUGAUCACAUCGCUUUAAUGCUUCUUAGAUAUAAUAAAGUAUUGAAUAUAAGUAACUUUCUUCUCCGUGGCUGCUCUCAAUCACGCGAAUGGAGUGUAAUGCCGCAAGAGCUAGGUCGCGUUUCCAACGGCGUCAGUUACGACACGUUCUAUUCGCUGAGCAACGCGAACGUGUCUCAAUACAGGGUGUUUGUUACCACCUUACUACAUGCCGCUAAAUAUGGAAUGGAGAAAUCUCAGGCGAUCUUCAAGUUGCAAAUGACUCACCUGUUCAUCGACGAGGCUGCGCAGGCGUCAGAGCCGGCGACGCUGGUGCCAGUGACUGGAUUGCUGGCGCCCACCGGGCAGCUCGUGCUGGCCGGAGACCCGCAGCAGCUCGGCCCCGUCUGCAUCUCCAAGGAGGCUAAGGAUAGAGGACUGGGUGUGUCGUUACUGCAGCGAUUGAGAGUAACAUAUGAGAAUUUUUAUACUGACGAUCCGAACUUCAUCACGAUGCUUGUCAAGAACUUCCGCUCGCAUCCAGAUAUUCUGGCAAUACCGAACGAGUUGUUUUACGACAGCAACUUACAGGCUUUAGCACAACUGGAUCCAUUAAGUGAGAAAAGCAUACUGAAUUUGCCGGGCGGCGAGCGCGCUGUCGUCUUCCACGCUGUUAACUCUAAAGAACAGAGGAUGGGAAAAGCACCAAGUUUCUUCAAUGAAAAGGAGUUGGAUAUGCUUAAGAAAUAUGUGAGGGCUUUGGUAGAUGUGCACAAAGUGCAGCACAAAGAUAUCGGAGUCAUUGCACCGUACAUAAGACAGGUGUAUAAAAUGAAAGAAUGGCUGAAAGCUUCCAACUACAACGAGGUGGAGGUGGGCACGGUGGAGUCGUUCCAGGGGAAGGAGAAGAGAGUGAUACUGGUGUCCACGGUCAGAGCCAACUGCAGGCUCCUAGACUAUGACGCUAAGUAUGGACUCGGCUUCCUAGUCGAUGACAAGAGGUACAAUGUCACACUGACCCGAGCUAAAGCAAAGCUUGUGAUAAUCGGCAACCCGGCUUGUCUGUCACGAGACAUUAAAUGGAGGAAAUACAUGUCAUUUUGUAACGAAUUGAAUUGUUACCACGGAAAAGAGAACCAGCAGUUGGAGCGCACAUCGCAAAUGCUCAUAGAAAUAUCACGCACAAGGUUUGAUAGAGCACGUAUCAGCGAAGAGUUAAAGAAAAAAAGUACUUAAAUGUACAGAAAUCGAUUAUUAACUGGUAACACAGAGUUAUAAGUGUUUUUGUUCUCUUUUAGGUUAGGAUUUAAAUGUUAAGUUGUCAAUGACAAAUUAUAGCCCAUAAAUGUAUGACCUAUAUAUAAUCCGGAGCAAAAAGGCCUUCAAAGGUUUUUUAUUGGAGUAAAUUCCCUUAAUUUUGUCCUUUACAAUUCAAAAUGACAUUUCAAAAAUCGUCAAAUUAAAAAAUAACGUAAAAUUUUACUGUAGACUCCAUCUAUAGGUAAUAUAUCUAUGUUUAAGCUCUUCUAUUAUAAGUUUUCUAUGUCUAUACAAGUUUUGUUUCGUUAAUACCUCUUUCUGUCUGUAUUUUCAAAGGUUAAACCUUUUUUUACUGUUUAUACAUAGUUUUUACAUGUUAUUGUCAUGUAUUUGACAUUUUAGUAAUAGUUUUUUCCUAUUCUAGAUUUUCUUAUUCAUACCACUUUUGAAAUUAAGUUUUAACGUAGAUUAAAAUCAAACAAAUCGCAAACUUAAAUCGAACAAGCAUUUGUUUCUAAGAGAUUAUAAAGUUCUUGUUUUCUUGUUCUACAGAAAAAGACAUGUUACAUAAUAAUUAAUAAGACUUUAUUAUCUUUACGUAACAUUUGUUAACAAUAAACACAUAUUUAAAUAAAUAUAAAAGUACAAUAGUAACCAAAUAAAGAUUUCGUCUUAUAGUUCAUAUUAAAAUUUUGGGCCACCAGGGUAAAACUUUUUGCACUCUAACUACAGCUCUCCGAAUUGCGUGUUACUUAAGCAAUCCCUUAGUGUGGAUUCUAUGAAAUCUACACGAAGGUAUCGCUUAGUAAUAAUUAGAACUCUGAGUGUGACAGUUAAUAGUAAUCUUUGUAGUUAAAAGUGAAACGACGCGUAAAAUAACAUGAGAACGAGUUCCGUGACGUCACAUGCUAGUAAGCUGGGUUUGUUGCAUUUUACGCGACUUUCAUGUUAUUGUGUGCGCGUUGUUUUGGUUAAUGGAAGGUAGCUGUGAUUAUGGUGCUCAUAUUCAGAUAUUCAGUUAAUCCCUAUUGUUUACGAUUUAAAAAAUAUAACUUUGUCCAUAUGAUAUUUAACAGUGUGUGACAUUGUUGAAAUAUUAACAUAAAUAACGUUAUGUUAAUAAUCGAAAAUUGAAUGUUCAAAACUAUCGAAAAUUAAGAAAUUUGAAAAUUUCUUAUGUCGAUACAAUCGAUGUUUGAUUUUAUCGAUUACAGAUAAAUGAUGUCACAUGUUGAAUGUUAAUAUUUACUGAGUUUCAACUAUCGAAACAUUUGUAUGACAACGUAUUGUUAUCUCAUUGUUUAAAUAGAGAAUGAAAAAGAUGCAAUAUGUUUCGUUUGAGUGCUUCGGAAGUGGAAAUGAUUAGGAAUUGAAAAAUCAUUUACCUUGAAGGGGAUACAACCAUGAGUUACGCCAGCUGAUGAACUAGGUUAGGCCAAGGAGGGGGGAAGCUGUCGCCUCUACCCCCUCCUUGUGACGCCUAGUAUACAACAACGUAUAAAUUAUAUUUUUUUUUUCAAUUGACUAAGAGCUUAUAGUUCGAAACGAAAUUAUUACGUGUGCCGUCUGGAGAGACCGCAUUAAAUGUGAUUUUUACUAAUCUAUAGAUAUUAAGUGUUAUGGCUAUAUACUUUAGCAAAUAAGGUUAGAAUAUGGUACAUUAUAACUCGUGAUUAAUAACAUGAGAUCAAUUUCAUCGAACAUUUUGUAUAAGAUCAUAUUUUCUUAAUUUUAACCAUUCCUUUGUGGAAAGAGAUUAAAAGUUGUAGUUUCCAUGUGUCUCAUGUUAUUGUGCACGGGUAGUAAUUGUUUUUUUUUAGAGUAAAGAGAGUGUGUCUGCUUAUUACUUUGCAUUCCAUCUAAUGAUCGCCGGAAAUAAAUCACAAGAUUACUUGGUUACAUCUUUAUUGGUUUUAACUUGAAACUUUUUACAUAAAACAAAAUUAACUACACGAAAUAAAGAACAGCUUGUAUGUACAAACUACUGUAUUCAAAUCAAAUUUUAUCUUUUUUUAUAUGAUUUGUUCUUUGUAUUGUCAAUAAUCUGCAUGCAUCAGACUUGAACUGUAAUGUUACCAUUAAAAAAAAAUAAAAAUAUUACCAUUAAAUUAUGACCUAACAGUUUAUGCAUGUGAUUUAUUGUGACAAAGACCAAAUUUUUGCUGUUUAUUUUUAAAUAUUUGUUUAGAUUUACAGUAGUGUGUAUAUACAAGUGAAACGCACUUGUAAAAUAACGUACUUUUGUAGUUAACAUCUUGAACACGAUUAUGUCAAUAAAUUUACGAAAAAGAUACUACUUUGUUUAAAAUAAAGUUUAUUAUUUAAAUUAAAAAGAUGUAAAACUCAAGUUGUAUCGUCUAUUUAAUGCAAUUGUCUUAUUUGGAUUAAAAAAAUAGAGUGACCUCGUAUUUAGAAAACUUUCCAGUGUGCCAUGCAUUUUAUUUUUAAAAAAUUUCGAGUGUCUGAACGAUUCUUGUUACAUAUUAGAGAUAUUGAUACUGUUUGUUGAAAUGAACUACUGUAAAUGGUGAUCACACAAAUUUUAAAUAAAAAAUGACUUGCAUGUCUCGUAUACAGUAGGCCACGUCAACAAAUUUGCUCGAGACUAGAUAUAAGUGAAGGUAAUCAAGUCAAAACAAUUUGACUGCAGACAGAUCCUCAUUAAAGUAACCUGAAGCUGUGAAGGAGACUAUAUUAGUAAAGAUGUCUUGUGCUAUGAGAUACUUUGUUCUAAGUUAGGUGACAGCUUUUUAGUACAAACAUGGAAAGUUGUUACAUAAAUUUUAGCUGUUAGUACACUGAAUUGAUUUGUAUUAUUUACAAUUUGGUCUUGAUACAGUAAUCUGUAUUAUUCAUUCUAAAAUACUUUAAAUUUUACGUAAUAAAUUGCUUUUUUUCUCUGUCUAAAAUAAAGAAUUAUUACUGUUUGAAGCUAAGGUUUAAAAUGAUAAAAUAUAUAAUUAAUUUACUUACGUAAACUGAAAAGAUGUUCUAUUUUGAUAUUUUUUUUUGAUAAAUUUUGUUUGUACAUCAUUCGCUAGUAGGUUUUUUUUAAAUUUUAGCUUUAAAGGAAAGUGUACUGUGAUUACAUUAAA